CCAGCCACCACUUAUCCACAACACGACCCAGCCAGCCACCCACCAUCCUCCACCACCACAACCCACCACCACCACCACCACCCACCACCACCACGAGGCCUCCUCCCCCACCACGCCACGCCGCAUGUAUGACCGGCGGACGCUUUGACUUCGACGAUGGCGGCGCGUUCUGCGGCGGCUGGGAGCAGGGCAAGGCGCACGGCCACGGUGUGUGCACGGGCCCCCAGGGCCAGGGCGAAUUCGCCGGCUCGUGGAGCCACGGCUUCGAGGUGGCUGGCGUCUACACGUGGCCCAGCGGCAACACCUACCGAGGCCAUUGGGCGCAGGGCAAGCGGCACGGCCUCGGCGUGGAGGAGAAGGGCAGCCGCUGGGUGUACUCGGGCGAGUGGACGUACGGGUGCAAGGGCCGCUACGGGACGAGGCGGGCCAGGGCGGGCGGCGCCAGCUACGAGGGCACCUGGGGGAACGGUGCGCAGGACGGGUACGGUGUGGAGACCUACUCGGAUGGAGGCACCUACCAGGGCCAGUGGGUGAACGGGGAGCGCCAUGGCUACGGGCUGCGGCAAAGCGUGCCGUACGGCAUGGCGUCGGUGUACCGCGCGGCCCACCGCUCCUCCCUGCUCUCCAUCCGUAGCGCCGGCGAGCAGAGCAACGGCACCGCCGAGCAGCCCCAGCCCAACGCCGCGCCCGGCGCCCCCGGCUUGCUGACGACCCGCGCCGGCUUCGCCCUCGCCGGCCUCGCCGCGGGCGCCAACGCCAAGCCCGAGAAGGCGGCCAAGAAGCGCGGCCUGUUCCGCAGCGGCUCGCUGCUCAGCGGGCUGAAGCUGCGCAAGUCGGACUCCAAGGCGUCGCUCUCGAGUCAGCUGAGCAAGCGCAGCUCCUUCCGCAGCGAGGCCGGCGACAGCCUCGCCGAGUCGGAGAUGAGCUUCGGCGACGUCGGCCGGGACUCGCCCGUCGCCGGCACGACCGCGGCGGCGACGACCGCCGCCGCCGGCGCCGGCUCGGCGGCGGCGGCGGCGGCGGCGGACGAGGAGGAGGAGGCGGCGCGCCUGGACGACGCGUCGGCCACGGAGAGCUACGCGGGGGAGUGGCGCGGCGACCGUCGCUGCGGCUUCGGCGUGGCCGAGCGCUCCGACGGGCUGCGCUACGAGGGCGAGUGGCUGGACGACGAGCGCCACGGCUACGGGCGCACGACCGCGGCCGACGGGCGCGCCGAGGAGGGCAAGUACAAGCGCGGCGCCCUGCCCACGGGCGCCGGGGCCCGCCGGCGGGCGCUCAUCCCGCUGCGCGCCGGCAAGGUGCGCGGCAAGGUGGAGCGAGCCGUCGAGGGCGCCAACCGGGCCGCCGCCAUCGCGCGCCAGAAGGCCGACAUCGCCGCGUCCAGGGCCGGGCACGCGCGGAGCAAGGCGGAAGCCGCCGACUCGGCGGGCGAGGUGGCGCAGGAGGAGGCGAGGACGGCGCGUGGCAUCGCCAAGGAGCUCUCGCCGUCCUUCCACCAGCCCGGCCUCGAGUACCAGCGGCAGAAGUCGGCACGCGAGGCCGCGGGCGAGGAGCACAAGUACCGCGGCUCCGACGAGCCCAUCGACCGCUACAGCCCCGAGCUCUACCACGGCGGCGACGACGGCACGGCCCGCUCCACCCCGCGCUCCUCCAGCCCUCCGCCGAGCCCCGGGGGCGGCGGCGGCGGCGGCGGCGGCGGGCUGCAGCUCCGCGGGGGGAACCCGGCGCCGUUCGUCACGCGGUCCAGCCCCGAGCUGCGGCACUGCGGCGCCGCGGCGGCGUCGGGCGCCGCGGGCGAUGGCCAACGCGGCCGUGGAGCGGCGGGGAACAACGGGAGACGGGAGCCGGCGCCGAUCGGGCGGACCGCCGCGCCGCCGCGGAGGCGCCGGCGGACGAGCGGAAGCGGCGCGCCGACGGCGACAUCGGCGCAGGGGUCGCGCCGUCGCCCGGCGGCGGCGGCGGCGGCGUGACGGCGGCGA